UGUGGCCCGCCUUUUUGUUUUCGACAUGAAUCCCAUUUGCGAGACGGACAUCAACAGUCCGGAGUGCCAGACAUGGAUGAACAAGGUGUGCGCACAUUGCAGGGAACUGUUUGCCAGGGAAGCCACCAAUACCUGGGCCGCCUGGUGGCACGAUGAGACGCCAGUUUUUUACAAGGAUGUCCCAGAGAUGACCGUCUAUGACUGUAGCAAGCUGAAGAACUUGCUGGAGCAGGAGGUGGCCGCAUUGCAUUCAAGUAAAACAAUAGCAUACCCAUCCAAAUCAUUUAACUUUAAGUUAUGGCAAAAAGUACUGCUAAUAUCGAUAUAUAUUGGGAUUAUUGUGGUAAUUGCUCUAAUAUGUCGAUUUUGGAAACUAGAACGUCGGGAGAAAGACCGGCCCGUGGAUGAAGAAAAAGAGGAAUCACCCCGCACAACAUCUCCGCAACCAGAUAAUACACCACUGCAGCAAGACGAUGUACCAAAGCCCGACAAGCGUAAGUCUCUUAAAGGUUGGAUGCGCCAAAGAUGUCGUCCGAUCUUCUUACACAACGAGGCUGCCCUGCGACGGCAGCAAGCCAAAUACAGGGAGAAGGAACUCCUAAGGGAGGAAUAUACACAGCAAAACGUUGAGAAGUGGACAAGGGCCCGUGAGAAAGUUGAAAAGAAGCGUAAGCAAAGAGAAAGUGCUGCAGAGGCUGAAGCACAAAAGAAAAAAAGGGAGAAGGAAAAGAAAGAAGCGGGAGAAACGGUAGAAGCUAUCUAAAUAGCCACAGCUCUAAAAUAACUAUUUCAGAUGGAUAUAUUUAAGAAUAAAAUAUAUAUUUUAAUUAUCUUUA